AUGAGCAAUUUGGAAUGCAUUAUUGAACAUAUAUCUUUUACUAGCAUCUGUUUGAAUACGGAGAUGUUCACUGCACUAUGGUGGAUAAGCUGUUUACCACCAAUAAAAGGAAUGGCAUUUACUGAUGUGGCAAGCUGA